AUGUUGACGAUAUCGACGGCGACUACCAACAGCACGUGGCGGAGCAGAGAGGAUAAUACCUUACCUAUAGGCGGUAGGACGAUGUCCACUAGUAGCUGGACGACUAUGAGCAUGGCUGAAAAUGCGGAUACCGAAAGCAUAUUUUUCAGUUCUCUCAACCCCCUCGCACCUAUUUCGAUCGUAAUGAUACACGUUCUACUGAGUUCGCAUUUGGAGUGGGCCCACUGCUGGCCCCAACUUUCCGAGUACCAUCUUCUCAUCCCCGACUUACCACAACAUUCGCGAUCAAAGCACGUCGGGCCAUUCUCGUUUGUCCUAGCUGCCGACCACAUAGCGCGGAUGAUUCGAGAACACGCCCACGAUGGACGUGCGCACGUUGUAGGGUUAUCUACGGGCGGUUUUGUUGCGAUGGAGUUGAUACGGCGGCACCCAGACGUCGUCCUAAGCGCCUUCGUGUCUAACGCCGUACCGUUAACCGAAGCAUGGAAGAACCUCAGCUCGUCACCGAGGAUAUCCUACCUAGGACUGUCGGUCCUACUACAUAGUCCGAAGAGUUUGCUUUUCAAGGCCACUGGAUGGGCGCCGGAGUUCCAGAACGACCAGCUUUUAAAGGAAAUCAAACGGAACAACACGUCGCGCUUAUAUGAGGCCGGCGCUCGUGAAACAUAUAACUGGUCCCGAGAUGACAUGGUCGAGGUUGGGAAGAAAGACAUACGGAUUGCGCUUGUUGUUGGAGGCAAGCAGGACAAUGUCGAGGGUACAAGGGAGAUGGGCCAGCUUCUAACGUCGCUCGGUUCCAAGGCGGGCAAGGAAUCCCGCGCGUUCGUCGUGAAGGAUGCUAUUCAUGGCUGGAACUUACAGUAUCCCGUAGUCUUUGCCCGAGGAAUACGAGCGUGGAUUGAAAAGCACCCCUUACCACAAGGAUUCGAACCCCUGGAACCACCAAAGCCCCCGGGACCGCCGGUGUAGGCAUUCUAUCAUAUUUGCAUGAUAACAACCGAAGAGAAGAUCACUAGACUGUGAUCUAUGCAACUGGAUGGGUUCGCUUUAGGCCUAUUACAGCACAUCACUGAAUGAUUAAUCGACAUCGGCUUGCGGCCUCGAUCCUAAUUAGCUGCCAUCGAACACGGCCAAAAUUAUGCGCUCGACCAAGAUGUCGGCCUAGAUGCCCGAUAUAUUCGAGAUGUGGAAAUGGCAUGCGUAUGAGAACGAGUCAUAGGCAGGGGUUAAUGAGCGGAAGCGGGUUAAUGUGUUAUUCUGCGUCUCAACGAGUUAUACCAUACUCGAUUCUAAUAAACAUAACGCCACCCAUUCCAGCCCUCGUCAUAUACGUGUAGGGGACGUCGGAGGAGUCAGCACAACCACGAUACCCAGCAUUGCGCGUCUACUGUUACUCUCAUUAUUGGUAUACUUACUAGUUAGACGCCAGAGGAUCAAUUCAUCCAGAUAUGUUUAA